AUGAAGCCUGCGCCGGGCAAGGAUGUCACCCGGCAGCUGUGGGAGAACUACCUGAAAGAUGGCUUCGUGACUUCUGGAGAACCCCUCCUGGUUUCACAGCCUGAAGAGCUCCAAGUUCGCCCUGAGCCUCCACUGCCGGCCCCGACUGCCCAUGCUCCGCAUUCUCUGGGGUACAUCAAGGGGCAGGCUCGCAGCCUCGCGCUCUUGGCCCUCCUGCACUACUGCUACUCCAAGAAUAUUGACUUGAAGGAGGUGCACCCGCUCCUCUGGCAGUCCGUGUGCAGGAUUUACGUCCUGAAGGUCACCUACAGUACGAAGGCAGACGAGGCGUUGGCCAAUAUGAAACUCAGUGCGAGGGGGAGCAUUCGCCGAGCUAACAACCUAGUGGUGACUGUGGUGAUGCUUCACAACCUCUCCAAGCAGGGCUUCGGGGACCUGCAGUCCUUUGCGCGCAGGUGGAAUGCCAUGACCACCAAGCAGCACCAGCUGGUGGGCAAGCGUGCUGUCGCCCUCAAGCUUCUGUUUGAAGUGGCGCCCCGUGCUGGCCUCGAGAGCAUCCUCGAACAUGUGGGAUCGAUGGGCUGGGGCUCCUGUGUGUGGACUGAAGACGUCCUCGCUUCAAAAAAAAUCUACCCGAACCACCAGUUUGCAAGCAAGUCAAAAAAGUGGACUGCCCGUGUCAAGACAAGCGAAGAAUCCUUCUUGCUCAUGGUGGAGCGUGCGCAGAAUUCGUAUGAGAUGAGCAACCCCAACCUCAGGUGGAAGUUGACCCCUGCGAACGCAGAAGCCUUGGCAGAACGCGCGUCUGCGUGUCUUGCCAUGGCAGCCGAGCUACAGCUCCAAGUGCCAAUCCCGGAGCAGAAGAUCAAGGACGCCUUCAUCGAGCAGUGGCGCAUGGGCUCGGAGCACGUGGACUUCGAGCUCCAGGCGGCCCUCAUGGACAAGAGCGAUACUUUCGACGUUGCCAUGCACAUGCCGACGCUCAAGAAGUUGGUUGAUGAACAUGUCUUCUCCACCCCAGUCAGCCUGGCCACAGACGCCCAGCAGGCACUGGACUCCGAUCAAUUCCACCUCUUGAUCAAGCAGUUGGAGUAUGACACGACUUGCUACGAGAAUUGGAUGAAAAAAUGUUCUGGUGUAGUGUGCGCCCGGUACCAUCGGGAGCAGGAGUUCAGGUUGGAGGUGAAGAACAAGUGCGCACAGGCUGCGCAGACCUUCUUGGGCUCGUGUGUGAAGCUGGUUGUGUGGUCAAAAAAGGUGGAGGAUGUGGUGGCAGACGUGAUCGCCUUCAAGCGGGAGGUGAUUAUGAAGAAGGUGGGCGUGAACCCAGGUGAUGUGCCAGUGCUGUCGUUGCUCAACUGGGCUGCCCCGUGUGCCCUGAGCCAGGACAUCCAGGAUAAGCAGGCUACUGUUGUGAACUGGAGCCUCCAUGAGAAUGCGUCCAACUGCACAGCAGUAAUCCUGCCCGUCUUCACCUAUGCGCGAGGCAAGCUCUACUUAGAAGAAAUCAAGGCGCUGCAGUCUCUCGCGUCUGGGGGGCACAACGUGGACUUUCCGUUCUCGAUGGUGUUCAGCAGCCAGUGCGACCCACGCGACUUGCGCCCAAUGGUGUAUGGAGGUCGCUUGGCUUUCCCGGCAGCAGCGACGGACCUUCAGAAGAAUCCAUUCUUCAGCAGCUCUCUCAGGGUGGAUCGUCGGACCAAGGAGGUGCAACAGCUCCCGGGGAAGAAGAUGAAGGUGGUGGAGGACUUGUCUGCAGACUCGUUGCCACCAUCCACAGAUGGUCGGGGCUCCUAUGUCCACGGAGCGUCCAAGUUUCAGCAGGUGGGUGUGGAGGCCAGCGUUGCCCUCCUGCAGAGUUUGACAGACGGCGCCAACCUGGAGGGCAUCAAGGCAGUCUUGAUCCUGGACUUGAAUGUUCGUACCGGGGACUUCCUCGAAGCGUUUGUCUCGCACAGGAAGCAAUUCAAUGCUCCCUUCUUCUUCUUUGGAUGUUGCGCCAACCAGGUGGAGAUGGAUUGGGUGCUCCACACGGUGCAGGAGUCCAUUGAGACUGGAUUGCUUGCAGGCAAGGUGGAGAUCCCAGGCUUCACGCAGCCAAGCACCAAGGUCAGCGAUGACUUGCUCGAGCCAUUCCCCCAGCAGCCGCGCCUCAACAAGCUCAUCAUCGGGGGGGCGGACAAGGAUCGCUUGCUCCUUCCAGCGAGCAUCGUGAAGCAGUGGCAAUUCGACCCCACUUUCGGUCCAGAGUUCGUGGAUUGGCUCAACAAAUGGACUCUGUAA